AUGUCGAACGUAGCACUCACAAAAGUCCCGCAUCUCAUGACCCUCGCGGACCUCUCUGUCCCUCAAAUAAACCGUAUACUAGCCCAUUCACAUCAUCUCAAGCAGCAGUCGACACCAUGGCUUCUUCCUCACGGAACCAUCUCGCGAAAUAAAGCCUCCAAACUUCGAUUGCCACCUCAAUCGCUGUUCAAUAAAACUAUUGCGCUUAUCUUUUCGAAGCGGAGCACUAGGACUCGUAUUGCUGCUGAGACGAGCGCUGAACUCCUAGGUGGACGGGCGCUUUUUUUGGGCAGGGAGGAUAUCCAGCUUGGCGUGAAUGAGUCGUAUAGGGACACGGCUCGCGUCAUUGGUGGGAUGACACAGGGUAUUUUUGCCCGUGUUGGAGACCAUUCAGAGAUUGAGGAACUAGCAAAAUACUCCCCCGUCCCAGUACUCAACGCCCUCUCCUCACUAUGGCACCCCUCCCAAGUCCUCGCGGAUCUUAUGACCCUGCAAGAAAACAAGGCCUUCUUCCGACCACUUGUCGAAAAAGACAAACCACCCGCCGCAACACCCGAACUCGACCGCCCAUUAACCAUAACGUACGUCGGGGACUCGGCGAACGUGUUGCACGAUAUGCUCGUCACGUACCCGCGGCUGGGACACCAUCUCCGCGUAGCCAGCCCGCUACAAUACCGCGCCCCAAAAGAGGUGUGGGAUCGUGUGGUGGAACUGGGGUGUGAUAAAGAUAUUUGGUGGGGUGAGGACCCGCGAGAGGCGGUUCAUGGUGCAGAUGUGGUGGUCACCGAUACUUGGAUUUCGAUGGGCCAAGAAGCGGAGAAGGCGGAGAGGCUGCAGGCGUUCCAAGGGUAUCAGGUCACGGAAGAGCUUUGCCGAGAAGGCGGCGCUCAUCCCGACUGGAAAUUCUUGCAUUGUCUUCCUCGAAAACCGGAUGAGGUUGACGAUGAGGUUUUCUAUGGCCCUCGAUCAUUGGUCUACGAGGAAGCCGAUAAUAGGAAAUGGACAAUUAUGGCUCUGUUCGAUAUGCUCUUUGGGAAGUGGAACCUCCUUGAGGAGCAGCCCGAGAGCCACAAGUAUUGA